CCGAGAGGAGGAUCACACUGAACUCCAGUAACCCGUUUCAUUUUUUUUUUCUUUGACUACAGGGGCGUUCAUCGAAUUACCCCAUCACUGGCUGGAUCCGAGAGCCCUGCCUCUUUUCUCAUUGGACUAAGCAGCCAAGCCAAGCUGUCAGCCCAUGUGGCGUGGCCAGGCAGAAUGUGAGACAUUUAAAUUCAUCAGAGAGAAGAGAUUCAAAGAAGCAGUGAGGCUAACGUUAACGCUGUAGACCAGGAACGGGAAGAGACAGCCAUUCCUCCCCUGCACUUACAACAGUCACAGUCAGAAGAACAUCACGGGAGAGCACCAGGAGGGACUUACCGAAAGAAUACAUGCCAGCUGACUGCUAACAUUACACCAACUUUUCAUCAAUUAGUGAUUUUUCCAAGGACCUGAACACAUCUUCUUAACUACACAGUAUGGACGACAUAGUCAUAGCAGGGAUAUCGGGCCGCUUGCCCGAGUCUGAUAACCUGGAGGAAUUCUGGGAAAACCUCUUCAAUGGCGUGGACAUGGUGACAGAGGAUGACCGGCGAUGGAAACCAGGUCUGUAUGGUUUGCCCAAGAGGAAUGGCAAGCUGAAGGACAUCAGUCGCUUUGAUGCAGCCUUCUUCGGCGUUCACCCCAAACAGGCCCACACCAUGGACCCCCAGCUCCGCCUCAUGCUGGAGAUCUCCUAUGAGGCUAUUGUAGAUGGAGGGAUCAACCCAGCGGCACUGCGGGGCAGUAAGACGGGUGUCUACAUUGGGGUGAGCGGCUCAGAAGCCGGCGAGGCCUUCAGCAGAGACCCAGAGGAGCUGCUGGGCUACAGCAUGACGGGAUGCCAGCGCGCCAUGUUUGCCAACAGACUCUCCUACUUCUUCGACUUCAACGGCCCCAGCACUGCCAUUGACACUGCCUGCUCCUCCAGCCUGUUGGCACUUGAAAAUGCCUUCCAGGCCAUUCGCCAUGGGCACUGCGAAGCUGCCCUGGUGGGGGGAGUCAACCUACUGCUCAAACCAAACACCUCUGUGCAGUUCAUGAAACUGGGCAUGCUCAGUCCUGAGGGCACCUGCAAGUCCUUUGACUCCUCAGGAAAUGGGUACUGCCGUUCUGAGGCUGCAGUGGCAGUGCUGCUGACUAAGCGCUCUAUGGCUAAGAGGGUCUACGCCACAGUGGUCAACGCUGGCAACAACACAGACGGAUACAAAGAACAGGGUGUAACGUUUCCAUCAGGUGAGAUGCAGCAGAGGCUGGUUCGUUCUCUCUACCAGGAGGCCAACAUCACUCCUGAGCAGGUGGAGUACAUUGAAGCCCAUGGCACUGGAACCAAGGUUGGCGACCCACAAGAAGUAAAUGGCAUUGUCAGCGUGUUCUGUCAAUCAAAGCGAGAUCCUCUGCUCAUUGGCUCCACCAAGUCCAAUAUGGGCCACCCAGAGCCCGCCUCCGGCCUGGCUGCCCUUGCAAAGGUUGUGCUGUCUCUAGAGCGAGGAGUCUGGGCUCCCAACCUGCACUUCAACAGCCCUAACACUGACAUCCCCGCCCUGACCGAUGGCCGCGUCCGCGUUGUCAACAAGCCCAUCCCUGUCCGCGGCGGUAUCGUUGGCAUCAACUCCUUCGGAUUUGGAGGCUCAAAUGUUCAUGUUAUCCUUCGCCCUCCUGGCGGCAGUGCCCAGAAGCCUGCUGACACAAAGACGUCACCCAGGACGAUCCCGAGGGUGCUCCAGGCCUGUGGCCGCACAGAGGAAUCAGUGAGCACCUUGCUCAAUAAGGGGAAGGAGCACUCCGGUGACGGCAACUUCCUGUCUCUGCUGAAUGACGUGUCGGCAGUUCCCACCGCCAGCAUGCCGUACCGAGGCUACACUCUGAUUGGCUCUCAGAAUGACAUCACAGAGGUGGAGCAGGCACAGGCCAGUCCAAGGCCUCUUUGGUACAUCUGCUCAGGUAUGGGCACACAGUGGGCCGGCAUGGGCCGGAGCCUGAUGCAGCUGCCUGAGUUCAGAGAUUCCAUCCUGCGUUCAGACGUGGCUUUGAAGGACACUGGCCUGGUUGUGUCCCGCCUCCUCAUGGAGGCUGAUGAGGCCACCUUCGAUGACACUGUCCACGCCUUUGUUGGGCUUGCUGCCAUACAGAUAGCCCAGAUUGACCUGCUAACUAAGCUGGGCCUGAAGCCUGAUGGCAUCGUCGGCCAUUCAGUAGGAGAGUUGGCCUGUGGCUACGCCGAUGGCUCGCUUAGCCACAGCGAGGCCAUCCUGGCUGCCUACUGGAGAGGCCGCUGUAUCAAAGAGGCCAAGCUUCCUCCUGGAGGCAUGGCUGCAGUCGGACUGACCUGGGAGGAGUGUAAGGCCCAGUGUCCUCAGGGAAUUGUCCCAGCCUGCCACAACGCUGAGGACACCGUUACCAUCUCUGGCCCCCAGGAAGCCGUGAGCAAAUUUGUGGCUGAGCUGAAGGAGACUGGAGUGUUUGCAAAGGAGGUGCGUAGUGCCGGUGUCGCCUUCCACUCCUACUACAUGGCCUCCAUCGCCCCAAAUCUGCUGGCUGCCCUAAAGAAGGUGAUCAAGGAGCCCCGGCAGCGUUCAUCCCGCUGGGUAAGCACCAGUAUCCCCCAGUCUGACUGGGAUUCUCCCCUGGCACUGUACAGCUCUGCAGACUACCACGUCAACAACCUGGUCAGCCCAGUGCUGUUCCAGGAGGGCCUCAGCCUGGUACCUGACAAUGCUGUGGUCGUGGAAAUAGCACCUCACGCUCUGCUGCAGGCCAUCCUGAAGCGCAGCCUGAAGACCACAUGUUCCAUUCUGCCCCUGAUGAAGAGAGGCCAUGCCAACAAUCUCGAAUUCUUCCUCUCACACAUCGGCAAAAUCUACAUGAGCGGCAUCAAUCCCGAUCCUAGUCGCUUGUGCCCAGCAGCGAAGUAUCCGGUGCCAGCUGGUACCCCUCUGAUCUCUCCCCUGGUGCAGUGGGACCAUGCCCAGGCAUGGGACGUCCCCAAGGUGGAAGAUUUCCCUUGUGGUUCAGGAGGAUCCACAUCAGCAACAGUCUACAACAUUGACAUCAAUCCGGAGUCUCCAGACUAUUACAUGAUUGGUCACUGCAUCGAUGGCCGUGUCCUCUAUCCUGCAACUGGCUAUCUAGUGCUGGCUUGGCGCACCCUAAUGAGAAGUCUUGGGGUUGUCAUGGAAACGACCCCUGUGACGUUUGAGGAUGUUACCAUACACAGGGCCACCAUUCUUCCCAAGACAGGCACAGUCCAGUUGGAGGUGCGGCUCAUGCCUUCCACCAACAAGUUUGAGGUUUCAGAGAAUGGCAACUUGGCUGUCAGUGGUAAGGUAAGCAUUCUCGAGGACGCAGCUUUGGAUUCAUUCCGCACCCAGAUCAACAAGCCAGGUCCCAAGGACAACAGUGACCCCAAAAUGAAGCUUACAGCCCAUGAUAUCUACAAGGAGCUGCGACUUCGUGGUUAUGACUACGGGAAGACCUUCCAGGGCAUCCUGGAGUCCAACAAUGCAGGCGACAGUGGGAAGCUGCAGUGGACUGGAAACUGGGUGACCUUCCUGGACACCAUGCUGCAGAUGAUUGUGGUUGGGCUGUCUGGUCGCAGUUUGCGUUUGCCAACAAGGAUACGCUCUGUAUGUGUUGAUCCCGCCCUCCAUCAGGAGAAGGUCUCUGAGUAUGCCGAGGGAAAGCAAGCCGUGGAUGUUCAUGUCAAUCGUUGUCUUGACAACAUUGUCGCCGGUGGAGUCCAGAUCUGUGGUCUGCAUGCCACUGUGGCGCCCCGCCGCCAACAGCAACAGAGCCCACCCACCUUGGAGGAGUUUGUAUUUGUUCCCUACAUGGAGAUGGACUGUUUAACAGCCAAUGAGAAGUUGGUGGAGCAGCUCAGACUCUGCAAAGGUUUGAUCCAUAGAUUGCAGCGUAAGCUAGCUCCCCAGGGUGUCAAACUCUCCAUCCCCGGCCUGCAGGGGGUGUCUGAUGGGCCUCUGCCCAGCCCACAGCCCUCUGAGCCCAGCCUGGUGCGCCUGCUGGCCCUGCUUUGUGACUUGGAGCUGAAUGGGAACCUCCGCUCAGAGUUAGAGCAGACUGUGGAGAAGGAGAGGGCCUGUCUGCUCCAGGACGGCCUGCUGCAAGGCCUGCUGGAUGGCCCAGGGCUUAGAAACUGCCUGGAUACAGCUAUGGAAAACACUAUGCCUGGCAAGAUAAAAGUGCUGGAGGCUCUUUCCAAUGACGGACAGCUCUUCUCCCGCGCUGUGUCCCUCCUCAACAUCCAACCCAUGCUGCGUCUGGACUACACUGCCACAGCCACCACCUCCGACCUCCUGACUCCAUACCAGGCCACCCUGGAGGAGCUGGGGGUCACGUCAGCCCAGUGGGACCCCCUGACAGGCCCAGCUCCUGGAGGGGUGGUAGGAGGAGCAGACCUGGUGGUGUGUAACCACGCCUGGGGCCCCCUGGGGACUGAGGCGGGGACGCUGGUGGCCAACCUGGCCUCCGGAGCCAAGGAUGGUGGGUUCGUUCUCCUCCAUACCCUGCUGAAAGGAGAGACUCUAGGGGAGACGGUCGCCUUCCUUUCCAGCACCUCACAAAGCAGCAGCAGCCAGCAAAAUCUGCUCACACAGGCUGAGUGGGAGAAGGUAUUCUCUGAGGCCUCGCUCAAUCUGGUGUCUGUCAAGAAGUCCUUUUAUGGCUCGGCCCUCUUCCUCUGUCGCAGACGGCUGCCCAGCAAACAGCCCAUCUUCCUUCCUGUGGACAACACCAAGUAUGAGUGGGUUGAAAAACUCAAGGCAACACUUGCUGAAUCCUCUGACUCCCCUGUCUGGCUGACGGCGUCUCAAGCCCACUGUGGAGUUGUUGGAAUGGUUAACUGUCUGCGCCAGGAGCCCGGCGGCAACCGCAUACGAUGUGCAUUUGUAUCCAACCUAAAUGAAUCCUCAGCAGCACCAAUCCUCCAGCCAGCGCAUAACUCCAUGCAGUCGGUACUUCAGAGCGAUCUGGUAAUGAACGUGUUCAGAGAUGGCCGCUGGGGUGUUUUCAGGCACCAGCUCAUCAGUCAAGAUCUAAGUGAGGAGCUGACAGAGCAGGCCUAUGUCAACGUGCUGACCCGUGGUGACCUGUCCUCUCUGCGCUGGAUCGCCUCACCGCUCCGCUACUUUGCGUCCACCAACUCCAACGUGCAGCUGUGCCGCGUCUACUACAGCUCCCUCAACUUCAGAGACAUCAUGCUGGCCACUGGCAAGCUGCCACCGGAUGCCAUUCCAGGUGAUCUGGCCCUGCAGCAGUGCAUGCUGGGUAUGGAGUUCUCAGGUCGUGACCCCAGUGGGCGGCGCGUGAUGGGCCUGCUGCCAGCUAAAGGCCUGGCGACGUGCGUGGAUGCUGACAAGCGCUUCCUGUGGGAUGUCCCCUCCAGCUGGACUCUGGAGCAGGCAGCCUCAGUGCCAGUGGUCUACGCCACAGCCUAUUACUCUCUGGUGGUCCGUGGCCGGCUCCGCCCUGGGGAAAGUGUCCUCAUCCAUUCAGGAUCUGGGGGCGUUGGCCAGGCUGCCAUCGCCAUUGCUCUCAGCAAGAAAUGCAAAGUCUUCACUACAGUUGGCUCAGCGGAGAAGCGAGCCUACCUGCAGCAGAGAUUCCCUCAGCUCACAGCCGAGUCUUUUGCCAACUCCAGAGACGCCUCCUUCGAACAGCACGUCUUGCAGCACACACAGGGAAAAGGUGUGGACCUGGUGCUUAACUCUCUGGCUGAGGAGAAGCUGCAGGCCAGUCUUCGCUGCCUGGCCAGACACGGCAGAUUCCUUGAAAUCGGCAAAUACGACCUGUCCAACAACUCACCUCUGGGCAUGGCUCUGUUCCUGAAGAACGUGGCUUUCCACGGCAUCCUGCUGGACGCUCUGUUUGAAGAAGGCAACCGGGAGUGGGAGGAGGUGUCCCAGCUACUGAAGGAGGGCAUUGCAGGAGGUGUUGUCCAGCCUCUGAAGACCACAGUGUUUGAGAGGGACCACGUGGAAGACGCCUUCAGAUACAUGGCUCAGGGCAAACACAUUGGCAAGGUUCUGCUGCAGGUCCGCAGUGAGGAGAAGGGCUCAGGGACCCAGGCUGGAUCCUCUCUGUCUCUCCCAGCUAUCUGCCGCACCUUCUGCCCUGCCUCCCACUCCUACAUCAUCACAGGUGGAUUGGGAGGCUUCGGUCUUGAGCUUGCUCAUUGGCUGACAGAGAGAGGAGCCCGCAAACUGGUGCUAACUUCCAGAUCAGGCAUUAGGAAUGGUUAUCAAGCUAAGCGAGUACGUGAAUGGCAGAGUCAGGGCGUGGAGGUGCUGGUAUCGACCAAUGACGUCAGCACAGUGGAGGGAACAGAACGACUCAUCACUGAGGCCUGCAGGCUGGGCCCAGUGGGCGGAGUGUUCCACCUCGCCAUGGUGUUGAAAGAUGGCAUGUUGGAAAACCUGACUCCUCAGCUCUUCCUUGAUGUCAACAAACCCAAAUAUGAUGGCACCCUAAACCUGGACAAAGUGACCAGGAAAAUGUGUCCAGACCUCAGAUACUUUGUGAGCUUCUCAUCAGUCAGCUGCGGCCGCGGCAACGCCGGCCAGAGUAACUACGGUUAUGCCAACUCUGCCAUGGAGCGUGUGUGUGAGAAGCGCCGCCACGAUGGCCUUCCUGGGCUGGCUGUCCAGUGGGGUGCCAUCGGUGACGUGGGCGUGGUGCUGGAGACCAUGGGCGGGAAUGACGCUGUGAUUGGCGGCACCUUGCCACAGCGCAUCGCUUCCUGUCUGGAGGUGCUGGACCGCUUCCUGUGCCAGCGGCGGCCGGUGAUGUCCAGCUUCGUGCUGGCAGAGAGGACUGUGGUGAAGAGCGAGGCAGGAGGCCAGAGGGACUUAGUGGAGGCUGUAGCUCACAUUCUGGGGGUGCGCGAUGUCAGCAGCCUUAAUGCCGACGCCUCACUGGCUGACCUGGGCCUGGAUUCCCUGAUGGGUGUGGAGGUCCGCCAGACUCUGGAACGCGACUAUGACAUUGUCAUGGCCAUGAGGGAGAUCCGGCAGCUCACCAUCAACAAGCUGCGAGAGCUGUCCAGCAGAAAGCCAGGAGGAUCAGAAGAGUCGCGCCAGUCUCCAGCCAAGAAGGGUGGUGUCCGCUCACUGCUGGAGUCCGAUCUGAACCUGCUGCUGGUCAACCCCGACAGCCCCACGGUGACGCCGCUCAACAACGUGCAGAGCCAGGAGAGGCCACUGUUCCUGGUCCACCCCAUAGAGGGCUCCCUUGCCGCCUUCAAGACCCUCACCUCCAAGCUCAGGGUGCCCUGCUACGGCUUGCAGUGCACUAAAGCUGCUCCCCUGGACAGCAUCCAGUCCUUGGCGGCGUACUACGUCGACUGCAUCAGGCAGGUUCAGCCAGAUGGGCCUUACCGGAUUGCCGGCUACUCCUUUGGAGCCUGUGUGGCAUUCGAGAUGUGUUCCCAGCUUCAGACCCAGAAUCGGCCCGUGGAGUACCUCUUCCUGUUCGACGGUUCACACUCAUAUGUUGCCGCAUACACACAGAGCUACAGGGCCAAGCUGACACCAGGCAAAGAGUCUGAAGCUGAAACUGAAGCUCUGUGCGCCUUCAUCCAGCAGUUCACUGGCAUUGAGUACAACAAGCUGCUUGAGACUCUGCUGCCCCUGUCGGACCUGGAGGCUCGCGUCAACGUGGCCGUGGACCUCAUCACCUCCAGCCACAAGAACGUAAGCCGAGACUUGCUGCGCUUCGCUGCCGCCACCUUCUACUACAAACUGAAGGCAGCCGACGGCUAUGUGCCAGCAACAAAGUACCACGGCAACGUGACGCUGCUGCGCGCCAAAACCAGCAGCGACUACGGAGACAACCUGGGAGCCGACUACAAGCUCAGCGAGGUGUGUGACGGCAAGGUGUCCGUCCACGUCAUCGAGGGCGACCACCGCACCUUCCUGGAGGGAGAAGGGGUGGAAUCCAUCAGCAGCAUCAUCCAGAGCUCACUGGCCGAGCCCCGCGUCACUGCAAGGGAAGGCUAGAAACAUCACCGCCUCACCCAAAUCACCCACCCCACCCCCACCCAACACACCUCCAGGAUUCAUCUGGAAUCAGCACAGAUAGAAAUCAGUUGUGCAGAAUAAGCACAGAUUAAGAAUGGUGUCAUUUUGCACCACAUGUUUCUAUCUGUUAAAGUUCUGUGCUGACUUGACCUUCUUUUCCAAAUGCACCUUAUUACCCCUUGUCACACUUUUCCUGAUUCCCAUUGGUCGAUUCAUGUAACGGACACUCUCCCCAACCUAUAAGAGCUCUUAGCUGGUAUCCUCCCAUUGGUUAAAAAAAAAAAAGUGCUGUAAGCUUCUGUUCUACCAGUAAGAUCUGCUGACGUAUUAUGUUACCACCUUUUUUCUUUGUCAUACUGUGUCCCUGUUAUGUUUUGUCAUAGAUGAGCCUGUUUCCCUAGCCUAGCAUGAGAUGCUAGCUUGGUUUCCACUGUUAAUAGAUGAGUGCCUAGCUCCCCACCCUGUAGCUGAUGUCACAUUGGUACUACUCAGCCCUGCCUUUCUGCUAAAGGGUGUUUCAAAACUGUAAAGAUGAUGCAUCUUUGCACGUGUGUGUCAGCAUUUAAUUCUUUUCCAUACUUAUAUAUGUGCAUCUGCUGUCCUUCACCAAGCCAGAGCCUGUAGCGAGACUCUAAUGAUGCAUCAGUGGCCUCUGCCUCGCCUGUACAUAGUGCAGCUCUACCUGUCCACUCACCUUUGUAAGCGCUGUGGUAAAAGCUUCACCAGUAUUUCCAGUCAGUAUCACUAAAUGCAAGUCGUUAUCAAUUUUGUCUCCUUUCUUUGUUGAAUUUUGGCAUCAAGCAAUUCCAUUUACCAUGUGAUCUUAGUGUGUUUUUGAUUCUGUUUUUUGGUCAUUUGUUGUCAUUCUUGUCUACUGAGGUAGACAGCAAAUUAAGGAAAGGCUCUGAAUACCAGUUACUGUUAUUAUAAUGGAUUGUCAAGAUGGAGAGUGAAAAAUUGUGAAAGUGUUUUCACAUGUCCACCAAUUGAAUUGAGUUUGUGGAAGCAGUGUUACAGGCAAGUACUACUGUGUAAGCCCUCCUAAAGGCAGGCCAGAGGUCUGUAGGUCAUGUUCAUGGUCAUGAUCUAUAGUGCAAAGGAGUCACAACAUCUCUUUUAAAAAAUGGAUGAAAAAUCAACAUUGCAUCUGCUUAAAAAUGCUAUUGUAUGUAUUCACAAGGGAUGUACUAAUUUAACAAAUUAACAGUUGCUUUUUUAUCACUUGAAGUGAAAAUGUUUCCCAACAUUCCUGAUAUAUUGUUAUGCUACAAAACUAAUGGAUAUAGUUCUGAAUGUUCUGGGCCCGACCAUCAAUGUGUAGCACUUAGAAAAAGCCUCAACUGUAACUCGGCGUUCACACUGCCAUCAACCUGCUUGUGUUAUUUCAUUUCAGUCUUGAUUGUACACAUGGCCAGAAGCAGAAUAAUCUUAAGCUACAGAGUUUGAAAUCCUGUGUUUUUUGCUGCUCUGGUGUUUCAUUACAUAUUGUCGCAUUGUCUUGCCAAAUUUACCCAGCACUGAUUUAUCAGCCGCCCAUCUCCGACAAUCAGUCAGUCAUUGUCAACAAUGUUGCAGAUAUAUCAAGGUCACUUUGUGCUUGCAUUUUCGGCACUAAAAAUAUUCCAGAAUGCACCUUUAAUCAGAAACAAAGCAGAAGAACUCAAAAUGAUCUCAGAGCUUUUCACUGAGCCCCAAAGAUGGAUAAAGCUGUUCUUCCAGCAUUGUUUUUGACACAUUUAUUCUUGUAGUCUUUCAAAAAACAAAAAACAACAACCAAGAGGUAAAUUGUGUUGCCGGCAGUGUGAACGCAGUGGAUGGUGUCGUUUUGAGUGGAACGUACAGUCUAGACAGGGCGUGGUGGUCAGAUAGAGCCGCCGUGUUGUUGACAUACAACUCUCAGCUGUAGCUUUUCACUGUUUAGGUUGUACAUGACUAGAACUAGCCCUGUUCUGUAUGUGCACUAAUCUGAGCAGCGGGGCCGUGACGAGUAGGGAGAUGUAACCCUCGGUAUCUGCUCCCGGGUCAGAUCACACCGUUUAAAUGCAUAGUUGUGAUAUGCAAGUGGGUCCACAUCCUCUGACCCGGGAUCUGGAACAAGAGGAAGCAUCCUCCCACAGCUGUUUUUGACUCCCAUGACCUUUCCUGACACCCAGCGGCGCCUCUGCAAGCCAGGGUUCCAAUCCCAGAAUGCAACAACUGACCCACCUGACCUCUGAGACCUAAUCCGGUCUAUGAAGGGUCAGGUGACUGUAGUUGAGUGUGAUGAUUGGUUGCAGUGAUAAGGAGGAGGAAGUGACAGUGUAUGCUCCUCGCUCAAGUUGUAAUAUUUUUCCAGUAUUUAUUGUUACUAGUCCAAAAUAAAGACCUGUCACUAACGA